AUGGAGAGCCCCCAAGAUUUCUGGGCGCGUAAGAUCGGCCAGUUGCGCGGAGUUCAGCCCCCAUCGUCCGAGCCUGAGAAGGACCUGGAAGAACCAACGCCGGCCCAAGCAAGCGCGCCCAAGAAGAACGGCGGCAGCCUUGCGUUCAAGGCACCAUCGAAGUUGCCCGUGACUCCAAGCACUACAAUGAAAUGGGCAGAUUACGAUUCCGAAGACGAGGAUGAACACCAGGUCAAGGCAGAAGCUGAGGCAGAGGCGAACGAUGCUCAUCAGAAGGCUCACGAAUCUGGGAUCGUGACCAACGCCGUAGCCCGUCAGGCGAAACGCUUGGAUGAAACAGAGGCCACAGUCGAGCGGCAAGCACAACGCAUCGACGAGCUCUCUGGCGAAAUCAAGGACCAGGCUUCUCGGAUCGUUCGGCUUCAGGCUACAAUCAAUGAAAAGACUGUGCAUGUGGCCGACCUAAAGGCCGAUGUGACUGAGAAAGAUGCGCAUAUCGUGGAUCUCAUCCGCCAGGCACACGAAGAGACACACCGUGCCAUGCAGCUCGAAGACGAGCUUGAGAGGAAGAAUAGAAUUAUCGAGACGUUGCAGCUACAGAUCGCCGAGAGCACAAGCAUACCUGACUCUGGUUCGGCCACUGAAGUCGAAGUCGACGAAGGUGCUGUAGAGGCAUCUCUGUCUCAGCCCGGGCCCGAGACAUCUCCCAUUGCACUCGAACCCAAGAAACUUGACGAGCUCGUCGAUCCUGCAGACACCGCUCCAGGUGCCAUGCAAAAUACACUAGAGAAGCCAGCUAAGUCUCAAGCUACUUCCUCCACCGCCGACGUUGACUUCCCGGCCCUUUCCCCUGUCGAGUUUCCUGCACUCGGUACGCCAACACCCGUCCGUGAUUUAAGACUGUCUCCAUUCGUCACGGCGGAAAACAUUAAGAAGAUGCCGCCGCCGCCGCCAGCGCGUACUAUCAAAAUGGCUGUCGACUUGUCGAAAUACCAGAAGCAGCCGGCGGGAGGAUCCAAGAAGUUUGUCUUUGGCUCACGCCAUGCGACUGAGGCUCCCCCAAAGAUCGAUGUGAGCAAGGACAUCCGAGCCAUGUCCAAAGAAGAACGAAAGCCUUUCGGAUAUGGUCCGACCGUGCAGAUCACGAUGGGCAACGAAACCGUAGCUGCGGUACCCAAAUACGUGUUCAUGCAGGUCUCCUUCAAGGCUUUCAAGCAUUGGACGGACAAUCCGAACGCAGCGGCAAUCAGGUUUGAGGGGGGUUCCAUGGGCAAGGAUGCACUGAACGUUGUUCUCGACUGGAUGACUAUGCACACGUACUGCAAGUCCGUGUUCAGCAUCAAGUUGAGACCAGAGAACUCCGAUCGCCAGAACCUCCAGCUAGUGCGUUGUGCCCGCGUACUUGGCCUUCACCCCAUGUAUGUUAGCCAAUUCACCCGCGGCUACUGCGAGCAGGUGCGCUAUGGUCCAUCAAAAGAGCUUGUUGCUUUGAUCGAGGAAUUGGUAUACACCGAGGAUGAUCCAAUUUUCGAUUGUCUGGCCAAUUGCAUGGCUAUGGAGCGCUCUAUGAUCAAGCCUGAACACAUUGGUAGCUGGGAUGAUGAGCUAGCCCGGCUCCCAAAGCUGGCUCGCAAAGUGCAGGACGUGCGGGCUCAGAAGAACUUUGCCUCGGGCAAGACGCACUCCAAAGAAAAGAAGGUGAUACAACCGACUAAGGCUGCUGAGAGGGUUCGCGCCACCACAACCACUAUCACAGCAGAAGCAGACAUCGAUCCGGAGGCAGCUUGGCGCGCGACCGGUCCUGCUUAUGUCUGA